AUGACAGGGACAAUUACUCGUGCAUUGAAUUGGGAUAAUGUAUACGAGCAGCAGUUUAUUGCUGUUACACCCAUGGGUGAUGAAGUUUUAUUGUAUCAAACCAACCAUGAAGACCCAGGCAUUGAGUCCAACUCCAUGCUAAAAUUGUAUAGUCGUUCAGGAUUCGAAAAUAUCCAGUGUUCGUCAUAUUCUGAUAUAAACAAAGGUAUAGUUGGUGUGGGGUCUAUCAAUGGUAAUAUAUCUAUAUUUGACAUAUAUUCACCAAACUCGUCGAUUUUGAGUUUGCGUCCGAAACAGAAUCGACCUUGUAAUUCAGUGUCUUUUGGAAACCAAAACUUGGUUGUAGCAGGAUUUGAUAAAGGAAGACAAGACAAUUCAUUGCAGAUAUGGAACAUUGAGACAUAUUCUUCAUCUGGUAACAAUGGUAGUAGCUUGAAAAGACCAUUAGCCACAUAUCUACCGAAUGAAGCAAUUCUUUCAACCGUGUUUUAUCCGGACCAAAAUUCAAACAUUAUUUGUGGGUCCUACAAAUUUCUAAGAGAAAUAGAUUUGAGAUUGGAUCAACCAGUAUUUCAAAUGGCAACAAAGUGCACUUUAGGAUUACAAAUUGAUUAUUUUCAGAACCAUUUAUUCCAAUCGUUUAGUGAAGACGGAUCACUAGCUAUCUGGGAUCGAAGAAAAUUGACUUCUACUAAACAUAGAUCGACGGGAACAAACAACGUUAUUACAGAAACUCCAAUACUACAAUUCACUAAAUUAUUGAGUGAUGCAUCCUCGAGAAAAGUCCAGCAUCCAUGUGUGAGGUAUUCUACAGUGAGAAGGGGUGAAUUUGCCUCUGUAUUUAAUGGGGAUUUGAUUAGACGAUGGCAAACCGAUAUAGUACCAGAAAGUAAUGACAUGUGUGAUUCUUUUAAGGCCAAGGACUCUUCUACGCUUCAAAGAUUAAAGCAACAGGCUGUACAAUUGUAUAAUCCCCGAGAAGAGUCAGUAUUUAUGUCUUUGGUGCUUGAUACCAAGACUGAUUAUGAGAAAGUGGUUUCAUUUGAUUAUUCCCCCGAUAUUGCCUCGCAUACAUCAACAAAUUUUGUUUGCAUGCGACAGUCUGGUACCGUGUUUCGAAUGCCUGUUGUUGAGUCAAUUGAAGCUUUGGAUUUUAAUCCAAUAAACGAGUUCUCGAUAGCUGGUCCUGAAGGUACUGUAACAAAUUUUUUGAAUAAACAGUUUUUGGAGACUGACCAAUCGACUAACUCCCAGGUUCCUGGUCCUCGUGACAGGAAUGGUUCAUCAUUCAUGAAACUUGGUGAUUUGACAUUGAAUGAUAAUUUGAAAAAUCGCCACACGGAAACCGCAACAACGUCCACGGUGGAUGAUGAAAGUCUUGCUCAACUGAAUAUUCCUGAGGACAAGAGAUACUCUUAUGAUAAUGUAUUUGAGGAAGAUAUUCCUUUGAAUAAGUUUUGGGAUUCAUCUGACAUUGUAGGGAAUGACAUCUGUGUUACCAUUAGAAAACGGGCACAGAUGGGGUAUAGUGUUGAUUGUGACAAAAAUAUUUCUAUUUUGGAGAAACUAGAUGUGGCUGAUAGUACAUUGUUUUUAAAGAACACAUGGAAAUGGUUGGCACUAGCAAAGAAAUCUUUGGAUAAAAAAACCAUGAUUUCGGAAGGUAUAGAUUUGGGGUACCAAGGUGUUUUGGGUAUUUGGAAGGGAAUUGAAGAGUUGAAUAAACAAAAGUGUACCGUGACAGGCGAACUCAUCUCAGAUAAUUGGUUAUCACAGGCAGUAAAAAGUAUAGUAUCGUCCAAAGGUAAGAAGACUUCGGGAAUUACCAUACCUCACGACAGUGAAAAAAAAGCACAAAGAAAGUUAUGUCUAAUAGUAUGUGGUUGGUAUUUCACAGAUUCUGAGUUUGAAGAAAAAUUGCAAUUAUUAAUAUCGCUUGGAUAUUAUGAGAAAGCCGCUGGUUGGGCAGUGUUUCAUGGCGAUGUGCCCAAAGCUAUUAGCAUUUUAUCACAUGCAAAGACUGAAAGAUUGCGUCUUAUAGCAACUGCAGUUGCAGGUUACCUUGCUUACAAAAACUCUCAUGUGAAUAGUCCCUGGAAAGAUCAAUGUCGGAAGAUGGCACUCGAAUUGGAUGACCCUUAUUUGCGAGCAAUCUUUGCUUUUAUUGCUGAUGAUGACUGGUGGGAUGUCUUGGAUGAAUCGUCUUUGUCAUUAAGGGAGCGAUUGGGUAUUGCAUUGUGUUUUCUUUCUGAUAAAGAUUUAGGGGUUUAUUUGAAUCGAAUUGCAGAUACAGUGGUGAACCGGGGUGAGCUUGAAGGUUUAAUAUUGACUGGUAUUACACCAAGAGGGAUUGAUUUGUUGCAGAGCUAUGUUGACAGAACCACAGAUGUGCAGACAGCGUCUUUAAUUGCGUCGUUUGCAUGUCCACGGUAUUUUGUUGAUUCAAGAGUAACCCAUUGGACUGAUUGUUACAGGACUAUGCUUAAUAGUUGGGGAUUUUUCGGUGUGAGAGCAAAGUUUGAUGUAGCAAGAACCAAAUUAUCAAAGACAUUUGGUGGACAGACGACAAUCAGGGCUACACCGAAACAAGUCUACUUACAAUGUAAUCGUUGUAACAAGAACAUUUCCAAAGCAAAAUCCAAUCCGGGCAACAAUCAAGUGUUGUUAAAGCAACAGUUUAAUAUAUUUAACAGCUUAAACAAGUUCAAUGACAUUAUAAAUGCAUGUCCUCAUUGUGGUGCACCAUUACCUAGGUGUUCAAUUUGCUUAUUGUCGUUGGGGUCAGAGUUGCCAUUGGAGCCGCUGGAUAAGAUAGAAAUUGCCAAUAACCCAUCUUCGGGUAUUGUUCCUAGAAUUGAAAACAAAUUCAACCUGUGGUUUAGUUUCUGUCUUACGUGCAAUCAUGGGAGUCAUGCUUAUCAUGCCGAAGAAUGGUUCUCCAAACAUUACGUAUGCCCUGUUCCAGAUUGCAAUUGUCGUUGCAAUAGUAAGUAG